GUGAUGUUGGGGAGAAGACUUUGAUAGUUGUUUUGAAAAGCUUAUUUUUAGUAGUACUAGUGUUUAGCGAAGCAUGCAGUGAACGAGACGAGAAGAUUAACAGAACAACACCAUCAACACUCUCAGCCAAAACUAGGGUUCCCAUUUAUCCUCCUAUCUUUGAAAAACGCCCAACCAUCUGAUUUUAAGCCCUUUCCCUCACUUCUUUUUUCAGACGUAAACCCGGAUACCAAAAAACAGGUUUUUUUUUUGUUUUACAGAGAAAGAGAGAGAGAGAGAGAGAGAGAGAGAGAGAGAGAGAGAAGGGAAUAGACAUAAAAGAGUUUUGCUUUGCUUGCCUUCUUUCUCUUUCUCUCCAUUAAAAAUCACUUCUUUGUAAAGAGGGAGUUCGAGACAUUAGGAUUUUCUUUAUCCUUUUGUCUCCUCCAUCCUCUCUUCUUUUUGUAAUAAUUUAGUUGGUCUUGUUCAAAUAUAAAGGUGUCUGAUAGAUUUGUCUUUAAUGUACAUGUUAUUCUGUAAAUUUGAGUUUUAGUUCUUUGGAGUUCCGAAGUUACUAAUUUCAUUCUCAUGGCCGAGUCAUGGCUCGGUAAUGAAGAAAAUUAGUCUGAUGGGAGUGUAGGUACAGCGAAAGGUUGAAAACUUGCAGAGUCAGAAGAAGAAACCAAAAAAAAAAAAAGAACAGAAGUUGAGUGCUUGAAAGAUAAAAGGAAAAAGAAAAGAAAUUUGGUUAAAGAAAAGGGAAUUGCUUUGAUGAAUUUUGGGGGAUCUCUCAAUAACAGCUCAGGUGGAGGCCUUGGGGGUGCAACAAUCGUCGCCGACAUCCCCUUUAGCAACAACAUGGCGGCCGCCGGUGCUAUGGCUCAGAACAUAUACAACUCUCCAGGCCUCUCUCUUGCCCUUCAGCAACCGAGUAUAGGUAAUCAGGGAGAUGGAGUUAGAAUGGGUGAGAACUUUGAAGCAAGUAUUGGGAGAAGAAGCAGGGAAGAGGAGCAUGAGAGCAGAUCUGGAAGUGAUAACAUUGAUGGAGUUUCAGGCGACGAUCAAGAUGCCGCCAACAACCGUCCUAGGAAGAAGAGAUACCACCGCCACACUCCUCAACAAAUCCAAGAGCUUGAAGCUCUCUUUAAGGAGUGCCCUCAUCCCGAUGAGAAACAGAGACUGGAGCUUAGCAAAAGGCUUUGCUUAGAAACCAGGCAGGUGAAGUUUUGGUUCCAAAACCGCCGUACGCAAAUGAAGACUCAAUUGGAACGCCAUGAGAACUCUUUGCUGAGGCAAGAGAACGACAAGCUUCGAGCUGAGAACAUGUCUAUUAGGGAAGCUAUGAGGAACCCCAUUUGCACCAACUGUGGGGGUCCGGCAAUCAUCGGUGACCUAUCUCUCGAAGAGCAACAUCUUAGAAUCGAAAACGCUCGCUUAAAGGAUGAGCUAGAUCGAGUUUGUGCACUUGCCAGCAAGUUUUUAGGGCGACCCCUUACAUCACUAGCUACUUCAAUUGCAUCUCCACUGCCCAACUCCAAUUUGGAACUUGGAGUUGGUAGCAAUGGCUUUGGUGGUUUAAGCACAACCUUACCUUUGGGGCCUGAUUUUGGAGGUGGGGUAUCAAAUUCUUUGCCGGUGGUUCCCCCUAAUGGCGUCGAAAGAUCCAUGUUUUUGGAACUUGCAUUGGCUGCAAUGGAUGAAUUGGUUAAAAUGGCUCAAACUGAUGAACCACUUUGGAUUAGGAGCUUGGAAGUUGGGAGAGAAAUACUAAACCAUGAUGAAUACUCAAGGAUGUUCACUCCUUGUAUUGGCAUUAAACCAGCCGGCUUUCUCACCGAGGCAUCCAGACAGACCGGGUUGGUGAUUAUCAACAGUUUGGCCCUUGUUGAAACUUUAAUGGACUCGAACCGUUGGGCGGAGAUGUUUCCUUGUAUGAUCGCGAGGACAUCAACUACUGAUGUGAUAUCUAGUGGCAUGGGAGGUACCAGAAAUGGUGCAAUUCAACUGAUGCAUGCUGAGCUGCAACUGCUUUCUCCUUUAGUUCCAGUUCGUGAGGUGAAUUUCUUAAGGUUUUGCAAGCAGCAUGCUGAAGGGGUUUGGGCAGUGGUGGAUGUGUCCAUCGAUACCCUCCGAGAAACUUCAGGUGCACCCACAACAUAUGUCAAAUGUAGGAGGCUUCCUUCUGGUUGUGUUGUGCAAGAUAUGCCUAAUGGAUACUCCAAGGUAACAUGGGUUGAACAUGUAGAAUACGACGAGAGUCAAAUUCACCAUCUCUACCGCCCUUUACUAAGCUCCGGCAUUGGCUUUGGUGCUCAACGUUGGGUCGCCGCCCUCCAACGCCAAUGCGAAUGCCUUGCUAUCCUCAUGUCCUCCACUGUUCCCACUGGAGAUCAUACUGCUAUAACGGCAAGUGGGAGGCGAAGCAUGUUAAAGCUAGCGCAGCGGAUGACGGGUAAUUUCUGUGCGGGAGUGUGCGCGUCGACGGUUCAUAAAUGGAACAAGUUGAACGCAGGGAACGUGGAUGAAGACGUAAGGGUGAUGACACGGAAGAGCGUGGACAACCCUGGGGAGCCGCCGGGCAUCGUGCUGAGCGCCGCUACUUCAGUUUGGCUGCCGGUGUCACCUCAAAGACUAUUCGAUUUUCUGCGGGAUGAACGGCUGAGGAGCGAGUGGGACAUCUUGUCCAACGGUGGUCCCAUGCAAGAGAUUGCCCACAUCGCCAAAGGCCAAGAUCAUGGCAACUGCGUCUCCCUCCUCCGUUCCAGCGCCAUGAACGCAAAUCAGAGUAGCAUGUUGAUAUUGCAGGAGACAUGCAUGGACGCGGGUGGAUCGCUUGUGGUCUACGCGCCCGUUGACAUUCCAGCCAUGCAGGUUGUCAUGAGCGGUGGUGAUUCUGCUUACGUGGCUCUCCUGCCUUCUGGUUUUGCUAUCAUCCCUGAUGGUCCAGGCUCUCCUGGGCCCACCACCUCAAAUGGGAAUGGAGAUUCCCACAGGGUGGGUGGGUCCCUUCUCACCGUGGCUUUUCAAAUAUUGGUCAACAGUUUACCCACGGCCAAACUGACGGUGGAAUCGGUGGAGACGGUCAAUAAUCUCAUCUCAUGCACCGUCCAGAAGAUCAAAGCUGCCCUUCAAUGCGAAAGCUGAGGGCACUCGGUUUCUUUGAUAGCUCUUUUUUUUUUUAACAUGGAAAUGUGUGGUGUAUUUAGUUGGUAUUGUGUGAGAAAAAAAACAAAAAAGUGUGUGAGUGGGUGAGUUGAGUCAAGAACGAACCUCUGGGGGAGACUCCUUGCAAUGCAUGGUGAUGAAAGAGGCAGUGAGUGGGUGGGGGAGCAGAAGGCAAGGGUGGUGGUUCGGGUAUUGACUCAGGUCGACCCGCACGAGAAGAAAAAAAAAACCCAAAAAGAAGACAUCUUCGCUUUAUUUAUUCCAAAUCUCUUCUUACGUGGGGGAAGAAGAGAUUGCUAGCUUUGUAUUGAGUUUGUCACAUCGUAGUGGUUUGGUUUCUGGAAACAUACUAAAUUAAUGCAUUAGUUUCAUGGUUGGUUGAAGGAACGCGCCGCCGAUGCAAGUUUAGAAAGGGGAGGGAUUGUGUGGGGAAGUCAAAAAAACAGAGCCACGUUUGUGGUGGGUAUUUGACAGGCAGGAAGAGAAGGGGGUUUUGGAUUAUAAUGCAAAGGGACAUUUAUGGUUGGGUUUGCCAGCUUAGCACUUAAAAUCUCCGAUGCUGAAUUUGGUUGAUAUAAAGCAUCUUUCAAGUCUGAUGUGCUGGUGGCCAGCGGCGACGCUAUAUAUGAAGUAAUUUGAGUUUGGUUUUUUCAAAAUUUUAUUGUGAUUCAGUUACUACUAGUAAUGUAUUAAUAAUUUUUAAUUUUAGAAAUUGCAUGUCAAUACAAUUAUUAAUAUUUGUUUUAUGAAGAAGGAAAAAAUGGGCAGAUACUUCAGAGGGAUUAA